GUCCGAAAUCAAAGCACCAACCCAGUCCCAGCUAGCCGCUGGGCCCCGAAAAUACCGACCGGAGGUCCGAUGUUUCUCUCACCUCCCUCUUUCUCUCUCCCUAAACUAAAAUUCUUUGUGAAUGAAAGAAGAAACCAGACAAUCAAGCAAUUCAUCAUUCGUAAAACCUAAGAAAUCUGUGUGACUAAACAACAUUAACAACCCAUAAGUAAUAAAAAGAGGAGGGUUGAUCUGUGUUUCUGCUAAUCUUAUUCAUUCCUAGUGAUGCUUUUUUCGUCUAUCUUCUAAAAUUCCAAACAACCGAAAGGAACGCCGUAACAGAAACAAAUACAACAGCAAAAGAAAUACCCUCUGGCCCCAACUUAACCCGCUGGAACCCACCGAUUUCCUUUCCAUUUCCGUCCAUUCCUCCCCGGCCCCUAUCCUGUCUUUCUGAGUUGCAACACAGAUACAACCCAAAUGAAGCACCUGGUGUUGCAGCAGCAGAACUGCAACACCCGCCGGAGCAACAGCUUCAGAACUUCUGGUUCGCUUGACUCCUCUGUUGACGGUACCUUUAAAUCUCCGGCGGCACUCUUCUGGUUAGUCCUCCAUGGUCUCUGCUGCCUCAUCAGCCUCGUUUUGGGCUUCAGGUUCUCUCGUCUUAUCUUCUUUCUCCUCUUUUCCACAAACACUACCACCACCACCACUACUAAUCACUACACUGUACCGGCGCUCCUCCGAACCACCAGCGAUACUGCGCAAACCCUAACGCUCCAGACCCCUUCUCUCUCCCCUCCGAUCUCGAUUACCGACACGCCGUCGAACCGAACAAGUACUACCACUACCAGCAGCCGCGUCGUCGUCGGCCGUCAUGGGAUCCUGAUCCGUCCAUGGCCUCAUCCUAAUCCCGUCGAGGUUAUGAAGGCGCACCAUAUAAUUGAAAGAGUUCAGAGAGAACAACGGCUUCAGUAUGGAAUUAAGAACCCAAGACCUCUGAUUGUUGUUACCCCCACCUUUGUCCGAACCUUCCAAACCCUUCACUUGACCGGUCUCAUGCAUUCACUGAUGCUCGUUCCCUGCGAUCUAACUUGGAUCGUUGUCGAAGCCGGAGGGACUUCUAAUGAGACCGCUUCUCUUCUUGAGAAAUCAGGACUUCGUACAAUCCACAUUGGCUUCGAAGAAAGAAUGCCAAUUACUUGGGAGGCUCGACACCAGAUGGAAGCUCGGAUGCGGCUUCGUGCCUUGAGAGUCGUGAGAGAGCAGAGAUUAGAUGGAAUCGUGAUGUUUGCCGAUGAUAGUAAUGUGCAUAGCAUGGAGUUAUUUGAUGAGAUCCAAUCAGUUAAAUGGAUCGGUGCUGUUUCUGUUGGAAUUCUUGCUCAUUCUGGGAAUUCGGAUGAUUCAUCCUCUUUGCCUCAGAAGCAGGAGGAUGAGGAGAAUUUUCCAUUGCCUAUUCAAGGCCCGGCUUGUAAUUCGUCUGGCCGAUUGACUGGCUGGCAUACCUUCAAUUCCCUACCGUAUGUCGGCAAGAGUGCCACUUACUUUGAUGAUAGGGCAACGGUGCUUCCUAGGAAGUUGGAGUGGGCUGGGUUUGUUUUGAACUCCAAGUUGGUUUGGAAGGACGUUGAGGAUAAGCCAGAGUGGGUUCGGGAUGUAGAUACGUUGGCUGCGGAUGGAGAGGACCUUGAGAGUCCUCUGUCUCUUUUGAAGGACACUUCUGUUGUUGAGCCUCUGGGUAAUUGUGGGCGCAAGGUUCUGCUGUGGUGGCUCCGAGUUGAAGCUCGUUCCGACAGCAAGUUUCCUCCUGGAUGGAUAAUUGAUCCUCCAUUGGAGAUCACUGUUCCUGCAAAACGCACGCCCUGGCCAGAUGCGCCACCAGAGCUCCCGUCUAGUGAAAAGAUGAAUGACGUCCAAGAAUACACAGUAAAACAUCCCUCCAAGACAAGUCGGGUUUCCCGUAGCAAGAGGAAGCAUGAAUCAAGGAUAGCAGAUGUACAAGUUUCUGGGAGGAAUGCGGAAGGAAACUGAUAGCCAGAACAUCCCAAGUGUUUUUACUGCCGUCGGAAGUUGAGAUCCGAGGUCAUCAUCUGUUUGAACAUAAUAUCGAAAUCUAAGAAAGCGCUUAAUAUGGUGGUAUACUGCGGUCUUCCAGAGUACACUGAAAGAAAGGCGCUUAAUACAGUUGGGCGUGGACAUGCAUUAUGGGCUUUCCCUCUAUUUUUGAAAUUUAGAGUUUUAUUUUGGUGACUUGUCUUGUGAAAGAGGUGUCUCCGUUCCACAUCGGUUGCAUCCACUGCCUAAGCAAAGCUUGUAAUGAAUGUGUUUUGAAUCUUUAUACAAGAACUUGAGACGAUAGGAAUUGUUGUUUUUCUGUUCCUAUCUCAGAUAACUGGACACCGGCACCAUAUCAUGAUGUAAUAAAAAAAUGUUCUUUUUUUUUUUUUUUACACAGGAGGGUUGAUAUGCUAUGCUUCUACUAUUGAUCUGUAAA